AUGAUUGCUCUUGCCUAUAACAAUGGCGUUUGGCCGUCUUCCGCUCUCAACGACGUCCCUGAAAGCAGCUCUUCGAAAAAGCCUGAAUCCCACUUUCGGGUAACUUUCUCCGAUGUCGAACUGAACCGCAAUGGACGAACUUCGACAGCAGCCCCACCAAGGAGCCCUGCAUCUGAAGCCCAUUCACUUUCCACAAGCGAAACCUCGGAACCCCAGCCACCCUUCCAGACGCUCGCUUCAGGUGGCAGUGCGCCGAAUCCGUCCAGUGUUCGCUCCUCCGUCUGCUUGUCGAGGCACAACAGCACUGUGUCUCUCUGCACUCAGCCUAAGAACGGUUUUGAAGGCACCGUUAUAGACCUGCACACACCUGAGAAAAUCCACGUGAAACUAACUGUGACUGCCGUGCGGCUUUGUAACAACCAACUUAGUUCCCUGGAGGAGCUCAUCCCCUCUCUAUGCCGCAUCAUGCCAUUGCCAGAAAGGAACCUACAGUGGCUAGACCUUGCAUUUAAUAAUCUCAAAGUCAUUGACCCAAGUAUGCAGUAUCUACAAAGCCUACGGACCCUCUACCUGCACUGCAAUCUCAUUGCGAGCUACAGCUGUCUACUGCCAUUGAAGGGCAUUAGAAAACUGAGGACUUUGACGCUCAUGGGGAACCCCGUCGAGAGGGACGACUAUCCAGAUUACAGAAUUGCUGUGAUUGCCGCGUUGCCUCAUUUGAAGUCGCUGGACCACACUACCAUCAGUGGCGACGAGAUUGUCGCGGCCGGGCAUUUUCGCCAUAACCAAAAAGUCAAGAAACGGCGGGAAUUUCACGAAAAGGAAUCGGAAGAGUGGUUUCUGCCUUGA